AUGUCUCACGUGCCCAAUGAGAAACUUGGAGAGGCAGCUGUACUGGAAAUUGUGAAAUGCCUGACCAAGCUCAUCAGAGAGGUCUUUCUAGAUACUAAAGUCUAUGCUGCUUUGGGAAAUCAUGACUUUCACCCCAAAAACCAGUUCCCAGCUGGAAUUAACAAGAUCGACAAUCAGAUAGCAGAACUAUGGAAACCCUGGCUCAGUAACGAGUCCAUUGCUCUCUUCAAAAAAGGUGCCUUCUACUCUGAGAAGCUGCCAGGUCCCAGCGGGGCUGGGCAAAUUGUGGUGCUCAACACCAAUCUGUACUACAGCAAUGAGCUGACAGCAGACAUGGUGGACCCUGGCCAGCAAUGCCAGUGGCUGGAAGACGUGCUGACCAAUGCCUCCAAAGCUGGGGACAUGGUGUACACUGUUGGCCACUUGCCCCCAGGGUUCUUUGAGAAGACACAAAACAAGGCAUGGUUCCAGGAGGGCUUCAACGAAAAAUACCUGAAGGUGGUCUGGAAGCAUGGUUGCGUCACAGCAGGGCAGUUCUUCAGGCACCACCACACUGACAGCUUUCGGAUGCUCUAUGAUGACGCAGGUGCCCCCAUAAGCGCGAUGUUCAUCACACCUGGAGUCACCCCAUGGAAAACCACAUUACCCAGAGUGAUCAAUGGGCCUAACAAUCCAGUCAUCCGGGUGUUCGAAUAUGACAGGCUCACAGCCGGCCUACCCCAAACCCUUUCUCCAGGACAUGGUGACUACUUCAUGAACCUGAGCCAGGCGAAUGCUCAGGGGAUGCGGUGCUGGGAGCUCGAGUACCAGCUGACUAAAGCCUUGGGUGCCCACUCUAUGCAGGCAGUGUUGGACUGCAUCACUGGCGACCAGGGCGCACUACAGUACUACUACGUCUAUAACUCAGUCAGCUACUACCCUGGGGUCUGUGAUGAGCAGCACGUGUGUGCCAUGCGCCAGGUGGACGUUGACGCCUACACCACCUGUCUGCCUCUGGGGACCACACCCGCGCCCCAUCUCCCGCUGCUGCUGAUGGCCCUGCUGGGCCUGUGCACGCUCGUGCAGUGA